AAAAUACAAUGCGUGUAGCUUGGAUUGGAACUACAAAUUGGUAAAAUGCAGAUUUGAAAACGGUAUGAAUUUGUAAUUUAUUUUCUGUAUAUUAUUUUUUUUAACCUGACUAAAGAAAAUUGUAUUGGGAAAUUUUAAAUUGCCAGUAAGACAUUCUUUCAAAAGACGAAUUAAGGUAGGAAUAUAAUUAGAAGAAUAGGAUACAUAUAUAUUAUUAAAUAAUUAAUACACUCUAAAAUUGUGUCAAUCUUUAUUUGACAUAAUUUAAUUUAUGCAGCAUUACAUUUUUAAAUUAUCUCGGUCGUAAUAUAUAUUUUUUUUUUCAGUACUCAAUAGAACUUAUGAUUAUCAAACAAAUUCAAACACAGUUGCCAUCGUUGUGCCUAUUGUUUGUGUUGCUGUGACAGGUGCUGUCGUGAUAUUUAUUUGCUUGAUUCGGUAAGUAAUCUAAGUCAUGUUCUAUAAAUUUGCUUUCACUUAUACCUAUUGGUAAAUUCUAAAAUUUAAAUAAUUAAUUAAUAACACAUAACUUUUGCACCAACUAUUUUCCUGAAUGGGAAAAUACAAAAUACAAUAGCAAAAAUUCGCAACUCAAUACAGUACUAAUUACGAUUAAUAAGAUUUAUUCAUAUUAAUAUAAUUACAAAACAAAAGAAAUAUAAUUACAAUCAUCAACUUACAGAGUAUAGUAGAUCUUGUACCGGUUCACAGUUAGUACGAUGUGAAAAUGAAUAAUUUACAAAGAUGAAUGCGAAUAAACACAUAUGAGUACACAAAGAAUAAUACACUUGUCCCGCAAAUUUAAAAAUAUCUAUUUGAAUCUCUCUAUCAAUCUCCCUCAAUAAAUCUCUCAAUCCCGUUUUUAUAUCUAUGCGUCGGUAGAACCAACGCUUCUAAAACUGUCUUCUACAUUGUUUAUCUUUCUAGUCAAUUAUAGACGUUUCCUCAAAAUUCUAUUAGAAUAUAUUAGUUAUUUUUAGUUGAUAGUUUAGGAAAGCAACAGCUAAGAUGAAAGGAAAUAGACCGGGAAAACUACAAACGUCGUCUAAUAUGAGGUCAACUGGAGUGCAUGGCACCGGAAAAGUGUUGCAAACACGUCCUACAUAACAAUAUAUAUACUUUUUCCUAAGGAUAUUUUGGAAAGGUAGAUUUUUAAAAAAUGAAUUAGAUAGACCGAACCAGAUCUAGUUUCUUUUCUUUUUUAAAAUUCUUCUUCAAUAAGUAAUAUGAUGGAGAUUUAGCAUUCAUAAGAAGAAUUCAUUAUUUAAAAGGAAAUAUAAAAACAAAAAUGAUCUUUCAAUUAACCACAAUUUUGGGAGUUUAUCGAUUUUCCCUUAACGAUUUCUUUCAAGUAUAUUUCAGGCAAAAACGUUUUAAGUUAAUCCAAUUUAAAAUUUGUCACCUUUUUAUUUUACAAACCUCAGUGAAAAUAUUGCAAUUGGUAAAACAUGGUUUUCCUAAUUUAUUUAAUUUUAUAUUUCAACUAACAAAAGCAGUUCCACAUAAAUAACUAAUAAUUAUACUUUUUUAAAUGGGGUUUUUAAUUUUUUUUUUACAAUUUAACCAUAUGAAAAAGUUGUUUAAAUAAGUGUUACAUAUUCAUUUUUAGCAUAUUGUUUAAAAUUUUUAAUAAAUAAUUUUUUUAACCAUAACAGUUUUAAAUUACUGUUUAUCAAGUGCAAAAAUCGGGAAUAAUACAUAAAACUUGUAAUACUUUAAUUCCAAUAUUGAACCAAGAAUGUUAGUAACCAAUUGUUAUUACAGCCUCUGAAGCCCACUGGUAAGGUUUUUGGGGAAAACAAGUGGAACACAUACAUUUGUAUGUAGUUCGAUCCUUAAUCUGAUGGCAAUAAUUUGAAAUAACCUAAGUGAUCUUAAAUAAGUGUGAUUGAUUGGAUGCGACAUAUCCUCCAUGUUUUUCAUUUUUUUAAAAAUGCCUUACACUUCAAAAUAUGUCAUACCGAAAUUGAGAAAUAAUUUUAAUCUAAAACUGUAUUUUGUUAAUUUUCGUAUAUAAAUUUAACCGUAAGCAUGCCGGUUAGCUUAAUAAUAGUUACAAAAAGAUAUUACUUCGAGAAAAUAAUUAAAACUGUAGUGUCACAGCAUAAAUGUGUUAAAACCAUUUUAGAAUGAAUAAUUAUAUCUUGCAAAAGCUAAAAAAUUGGAAAGUAUGAUACUUUUAAGAAUUAUUUUGAAAUCUAGUUAGCAUUUAUCUGUUUGUGUAAUUGGUAGGAUUCGUCAUAUGUCCGAUAUCAAUAUCAGUCUUCAUAUUUAUUUUUCAAAAAAAAGAUUGUUACUUUUUCUUAAAAGAUAUUUUUUCCUCUUUAUUUUCUAGUUUAUUUUUAAGUUAAUCAUUUUUAUUAAAUCUUGUUUUCAAAGCUUUAUAAUAAAUACAACAAUUCAUCCAUUUUGUUCUAAAAUAAAUAAAAUUAUGUCUUAAAAUAUAUUUUUAUUUUGUAUUAAUAAUCAAAAUAUUACAUAUUUUUAAAUAACAGUUUUAUAUAAUAAAUAAUCUAAUAUACAUGUUUUGCUCUCCAAGGUAUAGAAGUGUUAAAGAGAAAAAUGACACUUUUGGUUCAGCGGAAAAGGUAAGUGUAAAAUAUGAAAAAAUGUUGUUGUUUUUUCAAUUUAAAUAUUUUUAAAAAAAAUUUGUUCAUCUUUUUAAUUGGAUUAAAUAAUUAAUUAUUUUUUGUUGAUUGUGGGGGGGGGGGGUUAAUAAACGUUAUUUUUGUUAUAAAUUAUCUCCAAAAUAAAGAAGGAAGUUAUCUCACAAAAAUACCAAUAAUUGAACCAAGAAAAAAAUGAAAUAAUUAAUUAUUUUUUGUUGAUUGUGGGGGGGGGGGGUUAAUAAACGUUAUUAUUGUUAUAAAUUAUCUCCAAAAUAAAGAAGGAAGUUAUCUCACAGAAAUACCAAUAAUUGCACCAAGAAAGAAAUGAACAUUUAAUUUUUUUUAACAUAAUUUAAAGGGAAAACUUAGAAAAGAAAUUUAACAGAAAAAUACAUUAACACGUAUACAGACUUGGUUAUACACGAAGAUUUCUCAAUAUCUUAAUUUAAAAACGAAAUACUACAAACUAAAUUUUUCCCUUUUUUUCUUAUUGUCAAACAUUAAUAAUUUGUAUGUUGACUUUUAAAUAACUAUCAAAACUAUUCUUCAAUAAUGUUGUUUGUAGAAUGAAUUGACAUUAAAGUAGGGUAAUAAAGCUAAACUAAUUCUUAUAAAAGUAAUGCAGCAUUUAAUAUAUGUACAUAAGUUUCAGAAAAAACCGACUUCUGUUGAGAAAGAAGUGGAGACAUUCAAUUUAAUAGCGGCACCAUCUCCUGAAGAAAAAGUGGAUACGAAUAGUCCGUCGACAUGUUCAUCUCAAAUUAAUUACGAAGAAGAUCAUCUAAAGAUAGGUUUGAAUACAUGCCACUCUAAACAGUCUUCGGAUAACAGCGAACUACAGAAACCCAGUUUGAUAGUCGCAUCACCGCUUAAAGCGAACUGUAAUGCAAAUACAUCUUUGACAAUGAAAUCUCAUGUUAAUAGCAGAAAUGAGCGUGUAAAUUCAGAAAAAACAGGUUCUUCAGCUGAUAAAGGCGAUAGAAUAACUGCAUAUAAAAGUGCAUUAAAGGAUGUACGUAAUGAGCAUACAUCAAGAUCAAAAGAUGAGAACGAUCUUAUGGAGGCAAUACGAGUUAAUGAAGUUGGUCUCGCUAAAAAGCUGAUAACAUAUAUUACAGAAAUUAAUGAAUACAAAGAUAAGUCGGGUUUAUCUUUCUUGAUGUGUGCUUCACAACAUGGUUUAACGGAAAUCUCCUCCGCACUCAUCGACAAUGGUGCUGAUGUGGAGGCAAGAGACAAAAAAGGUAGCACUGCAUUAAUGUAUGCAUCAGAAAGGGGUUUUGUUGAGACAGCUGAAAUUCUUAUCAAACAUGGAGCUAAUGUCAAUGCUUUCGACCAUCAUGGUCACACACCUUUAAUAAACGCGACGGAUUCUGGGAAGAUUAGAAUGGCAGAAAUGCUUAUUAAAUAUGGAGCUGAUGUUAAUGCAAAGGACAAAAUUUGGUUUACUCCCUUGAUACGUGCGUCCAGAAACGGUUAUAUUAAAAUUGCAGAACUGCUUAUUAAAAGUGGUGCUGAUAUUAACUAUCGUGACAUAAAACACUGCAGCGCAUUAAAAUACGCUUCCGAAUAUGGGCAACAUGAAAUAGUUGCAUUGCUAACCAACGCGGGUGCCGUGUAAAGAUCCAACCUAAUACUUGCUGUGCUAGAUGUUAUAAAAGAGUAUAGCUUAGUAAGUCAAAUUUUCAUCCGUUGCUCAAGAGGUCUCUGGCCUGUGAAAAAUGAUAGUUUUCGUAAGCUAGGCAGAGGGCGCUCAAUAAACUACGUCAGUUAUAAUGAUUUUAAUAAAAUUAUUGUAAACAUUGUGAAGAA